AUGGUUUGGCGACUCACCCGGAACGAAUGCCUGGGGGGUGGGGGUCUCGAGGUGACAGCUGCAGCUCCCCUGCCUCCCUUGCUUCACCACAGGCAGGGGGCUGAAGCCUCGGUUGACCUGACUUUUGCUGCGGGGCGGGGCGGGGCGAACUCCUCGGGCUCGGGCUGGAGGCCCGCAGUGCAGCCGCAGCGCCGGCCCCGCCCCCGCCCUCUCCGCCCUGCAGGCCGGCCGCAGCCCAGCGCCGAUCCCGCCGGCCCGCUCGCUCGCCCGCUCGCCCGCCCGCGGCCGCGGAGCCAGGUGAGAGCGCCAGGCCCUGUCCCGCACGCGCCCUGCGCCCCAGGCCAGCGUGCUCGCGGAUCUCUACCCUGGUGGCCGAGUGAGGCACUCAGGAGGCUGCAGCGAUCCCAGUCCUUGCUACUGCUCCCCAGCACCCCUUUCAGCUCCCUGGAGCCCUCCCUACCCUGGGCUGGUCAUUCGGUUGGCUGCUACGAGAGAGCCGCAAAGAAGCCGGUAAGGAUGCUGGAGAAGGUUUCCCAGCCCGAGGAAAUUGCACGUGCCAAAGCAGGGAGAGUGGACCGGAGGUCCUACAGCCGGCAUGGCAGCUCCGGCAUCUCUGAGGGCCACGAGGGCUCCAGUCCUGAAGGGCACAUCCUAGACCUCGGACAGCUGGACAGCCUGCCAUCCGCUCCCACCAGCCAAGCCAGAUCCCAGGCCGCCACUCACCAUGGGAGGCUGCUUCUCCAAGCCCAAGCCAGGCAUCUUGAGGCCCAAGAGGCAGCGACAGUGACUGUGCGGCUGACGGGACCAUGGAACUGGGUUGACCUGGCUCUGUGGGCCGUGAAUUGGCCCGGCAUGGCUCCAGCAGCUCAGGCUCCUUUCUGUAGUUCGCACCGUGUGCUCUGUGGGCGACGCAGGCUGGCGCUCCUGCUGAGCCCAGUGGAGCUCAAGAUCGAAGUGGUGCUGCCUGAGAAAGAGCGGGGCAAGGAGGAGCUGUCAGCCAGCGGAAAGGGCAGCCCCCGGGGUUACCAGGGCAACGGUACAGCGCGCCACUUCCACGCUGAGGAGCGGCUGCCCACCCCACAACCCUAUCCCAGCCCUCAGGACUGUGUGGAGGCUACCGUCUGUCAUGUCAAGGACCUCGAGAAUGGCCAGAUGCGGGAGGUGGAGCUGGGCUGGGGUAAGGCGCUGCUGGUGAAGGACAACGGGGAGCUCCACGCCCUGGGCCACAAGUGUCCUCACUAUGGCGCGCCCCUGGUGAAAGGUGUACUGUCCCGGGGACGCGUGCGCUGCCCCUGGCAUGGUGCCUGCUUCAACAUUAGUACUGGGGACCUAGAGGACUUCCCAGGCCUGGACAGUCUGCACAAGUUCCAGGUGAAGAUUGAGAAGGAGAAGGUGACCAUUCGAGCAAGCAAGCAGGCCCUGCAGCUGCAGCGGAGGACAAAGAUGAUGGCCAAGUGUAUCUCCCCGAGUGCUGGCCACAGCAGCAGCACCAAUGUGCUCAUAGUGGGUGCAGGUGCUGCUGGGCUAGUGUGCGCAGAGACACUGAGGCAGGAGGGCUUCUCGGACCGGAUCGUCCUUUGCACACUGGAUCGACAUCUGCCCUAUGACCGGGCCAAGCUCAGCAAGUCCUUAGAUGCACAACCUGAACAGCUGGCCCUGAGACCCAAGGAAUUCUUCCGGGCCUAUGGCAUCGAGAUGCUUACUGAGGCUCAGGUGGUCACAGUGGAUGUGAGAAAUAAGAAGGUUGUGUUCAAGGACGGCUUCAAGCUAGAGUACAGCAGGCUGCUGCUGGCACCAGGAAGUAGCCCCAAGACCCUGACCUGCAAAGGGAAAGACGUAGAGAACGUGUUCACCAUCCGCACGCCUGAGGAUGCCAACCGCGUGCUGCGGCUGGCCCGGGGCCGCAAUGCCGUUGUUGUGGGGGCAGGCUUUCUGGGGAUGGAGGUCGCCGCUUAUCUGACUGAGAAGGCUCACUCAGUAUCUGUGGUAGAGCUGGAGGAGACACCCUUCCGGAGGUUCCUGGGGGAGCGUGUUGGUCGUGCACUUAUGAAGAUGUUUGAAAACAACCGGGUGAAGUUCUAUAUGCAGACAGAGGUGUCAGAGCUGCGGGCUCAAGAGGGCAAGUUGCAGGAGGUAGUGCUGAAGAGCAGCAAAGUUCUGCGGGCAGAUGUCUGCGUGGUGGGCAUCGGUGCGGUGCCUGCCACAGGCUUCCUGAGGCAGAGUGGCAUUGGUCUGGAUUCCCGAGGUUUCAUCCCAGUCAACAAGAUGAUGCAGACCAACGUCCCAGGAGUGUUUGCCGCAGGGGAUGCUGUCACCUUUCCUCUUGCCUGGAGGAACAAUCGGAAAGUGAACAUCCCACACUGGCAGAUGGCUCACGCCCAGGGGCGGGUAGCAGCUCAGAACAUGCUGGCACAGGAGGCCGAGAUCAACACGGUACCCUAUCUGUGGACUGCCAUGUUUGGCAGGAGCCUGCGCUACGCUGGCUACGGAGAAGGCUUCGAUGAUGUCAUCAUUCAGGGGGAUCUGGAGGAGCUGAAGUUUGUGGCUUUUUAUACCAAAGGUGACGAAGUGAUUGCUGUGGCCAGCAUGAACUACGAUCCCAUCGUAUCCAAGGUGGCCGAGGUGCUGGCCUCGGGCCGAGCCAUCCGGAAGCGGGAGGUGGAAACCGGAGACAUGUCGUGGCUCACAGGGAAAGGGUGCUGAGCUCCCUGGUGGACUUGGGCAGGCCUCAGGCACCAAGGUCAGAGACCACGUCCUGGGGCAAGUGCCAAUCUCCAGUUUCCCAGGAUCCCUCAAGGUGGAACCUGAGUCCUCCAAGGCUUGCCUUCAACUGUCGCCUCGUCUCCAGAGAGGCUACUGCUGCCUCCAGAAGAUGGUUCAUUCCCAAGGCCUCAGCUGCCACUGACAGCUGGUUGUAGAGGCAGAACAGGCUCUGCCUCUGUUUCCUCUAUUAGGACUGUUUUCCCAGCAAGCCCCUUCAACAUUACCUUAAAA